AUGGCGGAGCAAUACUCCGAGCUCGAAGUUGCGCCCAACGAACACACGGCGCCAUUCCCGGAAGUCGUCGACCAAGCUGCACAUGCGCCGGAACGAGACCUCUCCGGCGAAUCUCCAGAGCUUGACAAGAAGUCAUGGCCGCCCCAAAGCCUCUCCCCUACCUCCGAGACCACUGCCUACACUCCCUCUAGACCCGACUUCAAGGACAGAGUCAGCGAUUCUGCGCCAGAAUAUGGCUCCCCAGAUCCAAACUACGAUCCAAAUAAAGACAGGGAAACACUGAAGGAGGCUGGCUCCCCUCCUCCACCACGAACGCCUUUCGCGAAUCUAGAUUCGCACCCAGAAGUCGCGUCGCAUAAGGAAGGGUCGGAAAGACCGCAAAAGCGGCGAGGCCUGGUCUUCUGGGUUAUCAUCGGGCUGGUGGGCUUAAUCGUCAUUGCGAUUGCUUUGGGCGUAGGCUUGGGUGUUGGUCUGACUAGGCAUAAGAGUUCGAAGUCCUCUACAAGUACUUCUCCGUUGGUGGCAAACUCUACAUCGAACGCGUCAUUACCUCAUGGAAUCUACAACGAUUCGUCGGUAUCGAUCGUGGCAUUGGGGGAUGGGGACAAACGAUUAUUGUUCCAGGAGGGCACUGGGAAUAUUCGGGAAGCCCUUUUCUCCCAAUCAGCAAACUCGUGGACGAGUGAUAUCAACAACGUAGUAGCGGCGGAUGCGAGGAAUAAUACGCCGCUAGCAGCACUGCUCGUGAAUAGCACAGGCACUCCCUUUGCCGAUGAUACAGGACCUGUGAUCUUCCUCUUCUACAUAACCGCCACCAACCAACUCGCCAGCAAACAAUUCAUCUCAGGCUCAUGGACCACCCGCGACAAUUUCUCCCCAGCUGGAACCCCUAACAUGACCAUCACGACCGCCACCAACACACGAGCUUUGUCGUGUACAUUACUCAAUAAUAACGUGCUCUCAGGCCAAGCAUUCGUCUUCUACGUAGCUCAAAAUGGCAGUGUGGAAUCUUUAACGAUCACCCCGACUUCCGCUGACAGCAUCGUCGCAAGUCCUGGUCCGAGCUUACCAAGUGGCUUGCAAGGAGGCCAUGUACUGGCGUUGGCUGCGGGUGCGUCGGAUGCCAACACUGUCGUUACUCCACAGGUUGGGGUCCUUACGUCAAACGGUAGUGUAUAUUACGACUUGUAUUUCUCCUUCUUCAACAACAGCGCCUGGACCGCACCGGAGCUCCAAACACUCCUCGUCCCCGCCCUGCCCCCCACCGAACAAUUCACCUACCCCACCUCCCUCACCCUCGCAAACGCCUUCCCCGCCACCGCCACCUCCCUCCCCUCCACUCCCACCAACGCCCCUUCCGACCCCUCCCUCCAGUCAGCCUCCUACAACGAGUCCCUCAUCGGCGACGUCGACAUCGCACAGGUCUUCGUCAACAAUCCCACCUCCCUCUCCUACACCCUCUUCGGCUUCUGGGUCAACGGCACCGAUCUGGCGGCUUACACGACGAAGAACAUCGGCUUGAGCACGCAGCCGAAGAGCACGUUUCCGUACAGUAGGUUGGCGGGCGCCGUCGGCGGGAAUGGGAGUGAUGUGCUGCUGUAUCAUCAGAUUAAUGGAACGAGUUGGGCGGAGGAUGUAUAUAAUCUGGACGGUGGAUUCUUCACGACGAGUUACUUUGAUGUCGCGACCGAGUGA